ACACCUUUCCUCUUCUUUCUCGUCUCCCUCCGUCUCCUCUCCCUCCCUCCUCACCUCCCUCGGGAUGAGCCGCGUCUCUUCCCCACUCCCUCAUGGCCUCCUCGCAGCUCCCUUCCUCUGCCUCUUCCAAAGCUAUCCGCCAUGAGGAAACCGACGAGACCGACCAUUCCCCCGUCGUCAGCUUUGUUCGCCACAAACGUUCCCGACGACAUGAGCUGCACCUCGUGCAUCCCCCGUGGUACCGCAACAGCCUGAUGGCCAGCACCGGCUACCUGGAGUUUGCCAAUGCGGGAGACUUCGCCGCCAAUGUCUGGAACGAAAUCCCGGUCCCUCGACAUGCGAUGAUCCUGAUGGCUAUUGGAGGUCCCCUGGCCCUGAUGAUGAGCGUAGUAGCCAUCCGCGAUGGCUUCCUCAGUUGGCAGAACGUGCGGGUGCUACGUUCCGAACGCCAAUACCUCAAAUCUCUGCGCCACCACUGCCUGACCGCAUCACCGGCCUCGAUGGUCGACAUGGACCUUGUCAAUCUCAUCGACAUCCGCCUUGGCGUCGGGUUCCGCGAACUCGGCACCGAAUUGAUCGAUCGGAUCGCCAUGGAUAUCUUUCUGGGCAUUGGAGCUCUGCUGGUCGGUACGGGAACCCUCAUGGCCAUCUGGGGCGCCCACCCGCGCGUCUUCCACGUCAGUAACUUACUGUCUGGCUUUGUGGGAAACGCCUUCGCCGCGGCCUUUGGUGUCGUCAACGCGUUCUGGUCUGUGUAUCUGUUCUGGCGGUUCCAACGCCACGUCACCGCCGUGGUGAAUUCCCCGGCCGUGGCGUCGUUUCGGGAUCGGUUAAAACUCCGCCUCCGCCGCUUCCAAUGGCACGCUAUUAUCUCCGGCACGGCGGGCCUCGUCGCCGGUGCGGCGUCCAUGGUCACCGCUCGCAUGUGGUGGGGAUACGUGGUGCUGGCGCCGUGCAUGGUAUUCCAGGUUGCCUGUAAUCGGUUCUGGCGGGUCCAGCUCGGCCACGAUCGACCACUAGCCUCGCCCACAAACCACACCUUGCUGCAACCGGGACUGAGCAAAGAGUGUACAGACGCCAGCGACGACGAGAAACACAGCCUCCUCCUCGACGAACUAGCCAGUACCAUCGCGCUCUACAACGCGCUGGAACCCCAGACCUCCCGCGACCUCGACUGCACCUCGCUUGAAACCCUCGUCCAAUUCAUCGUCAACAACGACCUCUUCGAUUCCCUGUGUGCCUGGCUCGCACACGAUAAAUCCGUCCCGGCCCCCCUGCACGAGACCAUCUUCCGCUCGUCGCCGGAACACGACGAGAUCUCGCUUGCCCCGUACAAUCUGCUGCGCGUGUCGGAGUCCGAGCAGUCGACCUUGCGGGACCUGUGUCGUGCAUUUCUGGAAGGCGAGGGCCGCAAGGUGCUGCUGUCUCGGGAGCGCUAUCUUCUCGAGAUGGUGGGAUACACGGCGUAUAGAGAUGCGAUUGGUGCUUCUUCUUCGUCUACACCGCUAGAAUCGGUGUAAAAAGUUAGCGCAGCAGGACUGACUGUGCAGGCACAGAUAGAUAGAUUCUGUCUUGAG